AUGCAUCUUGAGGAAGGCUGUGCCACCUCACCUCAUCACGCUCCUGGGCCGUUCCUUCCGCAUGGCGUGAGGGUGGCGCCAUGGAAGCUGCCACGCCGUGGGUGGCACCAGGUCCUUGCAGGAGCAGUGCCUGCGGCGUUCAUAGUGUCUGGUUGCCUGCGCAGGACCUCCAGGGACUCCAGGUCUGUGCGGCGACGGCAGGGUGGUGAGCAGGCCGUGAUAGCAGACGUCGAGGAGGAGCUCACCGAUGGUGACUACUGCGUGCUGGCUCUAGACACUGAGGGGGAGGAGUGGACCAAAGUGGGCUUGGAUGCAAACAAACGACUACGAGACACAAGUUUGGCAGUCAUCAAUUAUGUCCUCCCUAUCGUUGGACCAGCUGUUGCGUUCUGGCAGUGGAGGAACAUCCUGCAAUUGAGCCAUAUCGUGCUGGGUGACGAGCGCCAGCUGUUGGAGCUCAUGCAGGUCACGUUGACUCCUGCCACGAACGGCAUCGUCAUUUCCUCGCUGUCCAUAGCCUUUGGCACCUUGACUUCGCUUACGAUUUCAUCCCUGCGCCAGAGGCAGAAGGAAAUCCGGCAAUAUCUGAACAAGGAGGCUUGUGAGAUUCGGAUGCUCCAGGCGCUGCUGCUCGCAAGCUACCGCCAAGCAGACAACCCGCUGCCUGGCACAGGCCCAGCCAAUCGCUGCGACACCUUGAUGUGCCUGCGCUGCUUGGAGCUGCUCCACAUGUACGCGGCACGGGUAUAUUCUGAAUCCACCUCAGAUGCGGACCUCGAAGCCCUCCGGCGACAGAUCGUGCCUGACACGGAGCUGCUCGGGGUCUUGGAUUACCUGACGCUGACCACAGGAGCCGCGACCUUCUCGGCCAUGACGCUCCGGGAUAACGUGGCCAUGAGCGUUUCGAGGCUCAACGACUUCCGGUCUGAGCGUCUCUCCUCCAUCAACACAGCGUUUCCGCUCCUUCACUGGGUAAUCCUGGCCCUUCUGGCCUCCUCCAUAUCGAUUUGCUUCCUGAUCGAGGUCGACCAGUCCGAAGGCCGAUUCCUGGCCGAGCGCCCCGAGGAUUCGACCCGCCUGCGGUUGGUGUUCACGAUCAUGGUGGGAUCUUUCUGCGGUUUGACAGCGCUUUGCGCAGAUCUGAAUGACCUCUUCCGCGGCAGCUUCAACGUGACCGAAAGCGCCGCUCAGAUGAGCGUUGUGCAGGAGGUGCUCCGGCUUGAAAACAGCCAGCUCCGACGUGGCCUGGAGGAGCGCUGCACAUGA